AUUAAAUCGCUGACAACAUAUCUAUUUUCUGUCUGUUUUAUAUGACUUAGAAUAAUGGCUUCAAGUCGAAACAAAUCAAAUUAUUUAGUAGGUGGUAUGAUUCUACUUGUAAUUUUAGUUUGGUUUUUUUAUUAUCCAGUUCCAUCAACACAAUCAGUUAACAAAUCACUGACCGCCAGCUUCGAGAACUUGCCGGAAACUAUAAAAUCUGCUUUUAAUCGAAAUGUUGACCAAAUUGUUUCCAAAGACACGGUACCAAAUUCAAAAGCUUAUUCGGAUACUAAAUCCCUGGAUCAUUCAUCUCCUAUAAUACCUGUAUAUAUUGUAGAGGAGCACCACGAAGUAAUCCCUUAUUGGUUCAAGGCUGCUAAAGAGGGGAAGCUACCUACCCGUGGAAACGUUUUGGUUCAUAUUGAUGGUCACCCAGAUACUGUAACGCCAAAUUUUGAAGAAGGGUUACCUAUCUUUAAUCAACCAAAAACUCCACGACAUCUUACGCAGCUGAUGCAGUCGAACGAUGAUUUUAUAAUGUCAUCCGUUUAUGCAGGAUUCAUCUCAAGAAUGAUCUGGAUCUAUCCAUCAUGGAACAAAGAUUUCGAUAACAACCGUGUAACAAUGAUAGGAUUUGGAUAUGUUUUUGGGCGUACCUUUGAAGAUGAACUCCCACUUUGUUAUUGUGAAGAAUUACUUUCAGAGUCGGAUAACAUGGGAUGUUAUCACAUUGAUACAUAUGACGAGGAAUCCCAUCAUAAAAAAAUACCACGAAGUGACUGUCAAGUAAAACAAAUAGUAAUGUAUGAGGAAAUAAUCGAUUAUAAAGCUGAAGAACUCUCACAAUCCGAUGAUUGGAUACCUUCAACAGAUAAUGUGUUUUUUGAUAUUGACGAAGAUUAUUAUGGGUGUCAAGCUGCUUUCCAAUACCUCUUAGAUGUGAAAAUUACCGAAAAAUAUGUAGACGAUGUACUAGGGCCAGGAAUAGAGUCUCUUUUUUGCCCAGGAGAUGCUAAGGCUGAACAUGCCUUUGAUAAGAUUUUCUAUGAUUUGUUAAGACGUGUUACGGACAAACACGGUGUUAAAAAAUUACAGGAAAAGGAACGAAACGACAUCAUCAAGAAUACCAUUCAAUCAAUCAAACAACGUAACCUAACGGCCGAACUCUGUAGCGAAACAAACGUUGACGUCGGUAUUAACAAACUCAUCCUUAAUUUAAACGGUUUAAACAAGGAUCAGCUACAGGCUUUGGCAAAAUUGGGGAUAUGUUUAAAAACAACAUCCAGGACGCCGAGCUUCGAUCGUAUGAACGGUAUGAAAUUAUGUGACGGUUACAAUCGGCCUAAUAACGAUAGUGCCGUUUUCUUUCAUACUCCUAGUUUAGAUGAAAUAAUUGAAAGGACGAAACAGAUGGAAAGUAUAUUAAGAAAACUCCCAGAGCCGAAAAUGGUAACUAUUUGUCGAUCAUCGAGAGAUGGAUAUGUUCCUGGUCAGUUUGUAUCUAAAAUAGAGACAGAUAUUAUUCAGACACUUGUUAAAGUGUUUCCUAAUAUAACAGGAAGCUCCUUACAUUAUGAUGCUGAAUUACAUGGUGGAAAACAAGGCUGGCACAAAAGGCACGGGGAUAUUCCCUGGUAAAAAUAUUACCGAACAAUAAACAUUUGCUCAAACCUAAACAGGCAAAGGGUCAUUCGAAGUUCAUUUUCGUUAUUUGCCAUUCUUUUUUUAAAAUCGAUAUUCUCUGUCUUAUCAGGGUGUCUGGUUAACGGGUAAUGCUACCAAGCACUUAAAAUAGUUUAACUUUGUUCCACAAAUGAACAUACAUUAUUUUUGUUGCAGUAAAUAUGCGAAAAUAACUACUUCCAACAAACGCUGAUUGACACCGUGCCAUUGUAAGGCUAUUUAUAACCUUGCGGUAACUACCCGAAAAGUACCAUACUUUAUGACCUUCUCUAUUGGUCAUCCGAUAAAUAUAGAUACGUUAAUAUGUGUGAAAUGUGAUAAAAUAUGUUUAUUCAAAAUAUACGGACUGGAAAUAAAACGUAAUUGAAAUGUAUGCGUAGAUAAAUAAAACAAAUGAAACACAAGUCUAAGGCUAACUAAUAAAAUAAAAGCGAAUGGCAAAAGAAUGACGGGCGUCGAUUAGAUAAUGUGCAGUUAGUUAAUAAUACAAUACUUCAUAUUUUAAUGUCUUUGAUUAUGUUUUAUUGGAUGUUCAUAUUCACUGUAUAUCCUUGUGGGGCCAAACUGAAAAGAGAGAAAGUUGAACGUCCACUCGAAACAAACUAGAUCAUUUCGGGACUAACAUAUAGUUCAAUUUUAUUUCAAUAGUAUAUUUAUUUAGUAGUAUAAAGACCAGGAUAGGCGACACUGCUCCUUGCCAGAUACAAGCGCGGAAUCAAACCCACGCCACUUGACUAAAUGACAGACUUUCUGAUGGGGAUCACGUGGGUACGACGCUGGCUCGCUAGCCUGGAGAUCGGGUGUUUGAUCCCUGCAUUGGCCGAGAAAGUUCGUCCAGAUUUUCCAGCGUGGUUUCCUCUUGUCAGUGAUGCAGGACGGAGGGCCUGACAAGGACAGCUAUCUAGUCGUUCGGAUGGGACGAAAUCGAGGUCUCGCGUACACAUUGGCGUGCACGUAAAAGAUCCCUUGGCAGUUGGAAUUCGAUAUAAGAGUAGGCCGUAGUGUCGCUGCCCGGGAAUAAUUUCCCUCAUAGCACACUGUAUGGCGUAUGCCCGUCUUCAUUAGCCCAGGUUAAGAGCAGAACAGUAGGAUGUUAAACCCCAUUUCAUUUCAUUUCAAGACUUUCUGAUCUAAUGCGCACGCG